UUUCCGAAGAAGUCAUCAACCGCAGCGAUGCCGUCUUACAACCGUUUCGUAGAGCCUGGUCGCUUCUGCACCGUCACUUACGGUCCCGAUGAGGGCAAGCAGUGCACCAUCGUGGACGUCGUUGACCACCGAAGGGUCGUUGUUGAUGGACCUAAGAACGUCACUGGUGUUGCCCGUCAGCAGAUUCCCAUCCGUUGGUUGGCGUUGUCGGAUUUCGUCGUCCCCAACACUUUCCGUGGCGCCCAUGGUCCCACUGUAGCUAAGGGCCUCAAGGAGGGCGAGGUCCUUGCUAAGUUCAACGCCACUCGAUUCGCUCGCAGGCGCGUUGCUCGCAAGAACAAGCUUGCCCUUACCGACUUCGAGCGUUUCAAGGUGAUGGUUGCCAAGAAGCGUAUCGGUCAGGCCCUGCGUACCUCCAUCAACAAGGUCCGCAAGCAGCAGCACUAAGCAGCGUUUACUAUGAUGACUACGUCGAAGUUCUCAUUUUCCGUUGUUGAUACUAGCAGUAGUAGUAGCAGUGGAUUAUGAUGACGACGACUAGGGCUGUAUGAUGACGACUGAGGCUGCAUAU